AUGAGGCUCAUCACAACCAAAACAGGGUUCAUCUCCCUCGCCGCCCUCGCCAGCGCCACCGCCCAAGACGCAGCAGCCGCAGCCGCAGCCCCAGCCGCAGCCCCAGCAGAGAAGCGCUACCAAAUCCCCGACUGGGCCAAAAUGGCUCUCAGCAAAUCAUGCAAAGACAUCUCCCUUACCGACAAGUACACCCUGCACGCCACCUGCACAUACCCCAGCAGCCACACACUUGACAACGCACUAGACCUAAACGGCUGCUUCGCCAACUACGGCGGCAACCUCGCGUUCAUCGCCCCGGGGAGCGGCGGCUUCGGCGCGUCGUGUCCGCACUGCGAACUCAAGGGCACGAAGCUGGUAUGUGAUUGCCUGGGCGGUUACGGCGCGGCCCAACCGAGUCGGACGCGGCGUAAUGAGCUCGAGAUGGAUGAUUGGGAGAAGUUCCCUGUGAACGGUGAUGGUUCACUUACGUGCGGCGAGACGGAGGGCAUUGAGUAG